AUGAUGAAUAGUGUAAGACUGUUAGUUCUUGGUCUAUUGUUUGUGUUUUACUCUAUGUGUAAUUGUGAGAAAGAUGCGUGUAGUUUAAAACUGUGUAAAUGUGUGAAAUCUAAAGUGAAAUGUAGUAACACUAAUUUGACUUAUAUACCUGUACUUCCCAAUGGAACUAUCAGGUUAUUUUUUGAUGGUAAUUAUCUCCCUUUGAUCAAUGAACACACCUUUUCCAAUAUUACACACCUGAGAUACUUGGAGGAGAUCACAUUUCAAAACUGUCAAAUCACACACAUUUCUACUAAUACUUUUAAAUUUUUAGAACAUUUAAACCAAUUGUGGUUCUCCUAUAAUCCAUUGACGACGGAUUCAUUGUUAAAUUUAUUUUCUGAUUUGAAAAAUAGUUUCUACCAUAUAUUAAAAUUAAAACAGAUCGGGUUAAGUUUUAUACCUGAAGGUUUGUUUAAAAAUAAUUUUACUUUAUCUGCGCUUGACUUAUCUUACAAUGCUCUUAAGACACUCAAUUUCACAGAAUUUAACUCAUUGGGUCUAAAAGGGUUAAAAGUUGAAAAUAAUUUAGUCGAGACAAUUAUAAUUGAUAAAAUGAUCAAUUUACGAGAAUUAUACUUAGGUUCAAAUAAUAUCAAAUCACUUCCAAAUUUUUGUCAGGAUAAAUCUUAUUUCCCUUCAUUGGUCCAUUUAGAUAUACAGGUUAAUAGUAUCUGUGAGUAUCUUCCUCAAUAUAUGAACUGUUUAAAAAACCUUUCUAAAAUCUAUCUCAAUCAUAAUUGUAUAUCAUUGAUUCAAUCAGGAUCGUUCCAAGAGUUAUCUUCUCUUAAACAACUCAGUAUAUCAAUACAGAAAAAUUCUAAAUCAACAUUAACACUAGAAAAGUAUUCUUUUAAUAAUUCAAAUCUUGCAAAAUUAAGAUUAGCUAAUAAUGAUAUGAAAAUAAAAAAUAUUAAUCCAUUGGCGUUCAGUGGCUGUCAUGGAGUCAAAUAUUUAUCAUUUUCUGAUAAUUCUUUGAGUGACCCCGGAAGUUCUUCUUGUACACAUUUGGACCAAGCUUUAUCAAAACUCACUUCCUUGCAAUAUUUAGAUCUCUCUGUCACCAGGAUAAACGAAGUACCAAAAUCUAUUCAAAACUUCACCGAACUGGUGUUUCUUAAUCUUUAUGAGAAUGGGAUAUCAAACUGGGAAGACAGAUUUUGGGAUGGAAACGGCAUGUUAUCUACUUUAGAUCUCGGUAAGAAUUCUAUAAAAAGGGUAUCAAAAGAGAUGUUUCCUGCGAAAUUUAGAACACAAUUAAGAACAUUAUCACUUCAAUAUAAUCCAAUUGAGUGUAUUUGUGACAAUGUUUGGUUGAUUGAGUGGAUAAAUAGAGAUCAUACAAAAUUUAAAAAAUUUCCUCGUAAAUAUGCAUGUUUAAAUAUGACAGAACAAGUUUGUAUUCAGCACAGUUCGGCUUAUACGUCAAUAACUGGGGUUUGUUGUGUUAUAUUUCUUUUAUUUAUCUUAGUAUCUAUUGUUUAUAAAUAUAGAUGGUUUAUCAAAUAUCAGAUUUAUAUCUGGCAACAUCAACCUAAACUCUUAAACGAUAUGGCGGAACGACAGUACCUCUAUGACGUCUUCGUUUCAUACUCCGCUGCGGACGAUUGGGUCUUGGAUGAUCUGGUACCACAUUUGGAGAGAAAUGUGGACAUGAAACUCUGUAUACAUGAAAGAGAUUUCCAGGCUGGUAGAUUGAUUAUAGAUAAUAUUGUAGAAUCCAUUGAAAACAGUCGUCGUGUUUUAAUUGUAUUAAGUAAUAAUUUCGCUCGAAGUGAAUGGUGUCAAUUUGAAAUGACACUAGCUCAGAAACAUGUUUUAAAUCGAGCUAUGGAACCUUUAAGUGUAGUUUUAUUAGAAGAUAUAGACAGUGAAAAUAUGAGCAAUUCACUCCAUGCUUUAUUAAAGACAACUACUUAUAUAACUUGGUAUAAUGAUAUAGAAUAUAUUCACUUGUUUUGGGAUCGACUGAAGAAUUCCCUUAUAUAA